UUUUAUAUUAUUGUAUUAAAUCGAAUGGCGCCUAAGAAGCGCCUCUCGAGCGCAAAGGAUUAAUACUUUUAAAGUUUUUGGAGAAAGCGUUUAAUUUCGUGAAAUUUAUUGAGAGGAUAUUAACUAGACCUACCGUUGUCUCCAACUUGUUAUUGGAGUUGGUGUCUUACUCGAAAUUCUUGAUAUAAUAUAACCUCUAAAAUGACUGCGAAUGUUGAUUUUGUGUAAUAUAAGAUCAGUCAAUGUGGUGACUGAGUAUAACAAAAGGACCGCAAAGGGUUAAUACAAUAUUCUACGUAAUUACCAAUAACCUCGAUUGAUAUUAAAAGUGUAUCGGUAAUAUUUUUCACGUCGACCAAUUUGCCUUUUGAAUGAAACGAUUAAUCAAAAGUCAUUAUCGACGAAAAAAAUUCAUUGGCGAGAACAGAGUUGUAUCGUUUAGUGAUAAUACAGUGUUAUGAAUACGAGCCUAUAAGUUUAUUCCGUCGCUCAUAAGACUUCUCGAAUAUGGUAGCGUAUAGUAAUUUAUUUUCAUGCGGUUUUUUAACGUCGUUCGAGAUAUAUAGCGAUCGUUUGAAGAGCUAGGGAACGUCAUAUCAACCAUGCAAUCAAACAUUACACGACAAGAAACAAAAGAAUUCAUACGCGUCUGUUGUCAUUGAUAAAUUAAUCUUUUAUUCAUUGUUACUAUUACUAUAAUUAUCAUUAUUACUAUUAUUUUAUUAUAAUUACGAAUAAGGAAAGUACUAUUUACUACGAAGUCAAGUACUGUCUACAAUACUAUUAGCUUUUAGUACCGUCGAUAUUCUAUAUUAUUGAACGAAUAACGACAACUGCUGCGAAUUGGCAUUAUUCGAACACGUGCGUAACAGUACAUAACGUAUGUAUACAAUAUUAUAUAUUUCCGAUUCUCAAGAGUGUGUAGCGUAAACGAAGAAACGGAGGAAGCAUAUUUUCUUUUCUCUUCAAUUUUUUUUUAUCAUCUCGAGUUUCUAAUCAACAGGGACACCAGUGUCCUGUGUCUUUAGAUUUAUAUUCUCUUCUCUAGACUUUUACGAAGUUGUGAAUCAUGCAUUGUGAUAUUACUUGUAUAGCCUACUUAUUGUAUAUUGUUAUAACGUAACAUUACAAAAUAGUGUGUAUAGUCACGCAACUUUCCAUUUUUACUUCGACAUUUCUAUAUUUAUCUUCAUCUCUUCAUAUGGAACUAUUGUAAUAAAAUAUUGAUGAAACUGAAAACUGUGCAUCCUUUAUCACCUUUCUUGUUCUGACAACUAGUUAGGUUUAAGAUAUAAUAAAUAAUCGAAGGCUUACGGUACUUUCUAUACAGGAAUGAAAAAUAUUGAUGAGAGGAAAAGCUAAAGAUUAAGGGUUAAUUAAUUUCUUACUAAAAUAACUCAUGAUGCAUCUAUGAUUCGAAUAAUUCUUAUUGAAGAACCAAUUCCUGAUAUGAAUAUCUUAUUUUUUUCCUUGCGAUAUUUAUUUUUAAAAUUGCGAAGCGGCUAAAAUAACAAGAGUCUACUGUAUCAUUAAUCGAAAUGACAUUAAGCAGUUUCAAGUCGAACGUGAAGAUUUUUCCUUCAGGCGACUUCGAAGCAGUUUCAGGUCGAACGUGGAGAUUUUUCGGAGUUGGAUGCGUCGAGUAUGAGCGGUAAGAUCGAGUAUCUGGAAAAGUAUUCGAUAGCACCUUCGCCUAGCAGAGAUUACUAUGGGCUCAGAGUACUCGGUGACCAGGUGAUUCUUUAUCUCUGGAGAAUCUCGCACGGUCCCCAUAAACUGCCAGUCGUGCGAACCGCCAGUUUCGACGAUUUCACGCAGGACAAACUGCUGCAGGACGAAAUUCGACGUAUUUUUGGUAAAUAUUUGUUAAUACACAUAAGAUACAUCGCUUCCGGUCAGAGAAACUCAUUGCUAACAUUGCCAAAGUGUUUAAUCGAGAAAUUAAUCAGAUAUCUGACGGUGCAGGACAUCGUUCAAUUAUCAUCCUUAUCGCACGUUGCUAAAGAGGUCUUCGAUGAUAAUUCUGUGUGGAAAGCAUUGUACAAGAAAUACAAGCCAUUGAAAAGACCGUACGGAAAGUUGGAAGCCAUUUCGUGGAAGGAAUUAUUUCAGAUGGCGCAAAUGCAGGGAUUAAUAAAGAUGUCUCGACCUCGACCCAUAACGAAGCAAACAAAAUCUCCCCCAAAACCCGAAGACUUCCCAAGAGCCUCCAAUUUCGGCAGAUUCCCCAAACCCGCUGCAGCAGAAAAUCAACCUCCAAAAAAGCCACCAAAAAACGUUCCAAAGAAAAUCGUUCAGAACCCCGUCCCCAGAAAAUUGUCCGAAAGCCGUCUCGACGGAGCUACAAUAGAAAAAGAAAAAUUGCAAUCAUCCGAGAAGAAGAAUUCCCUCAUUCGUUCGCUGCAAACCGCAGCGCAGAAGAACAUGAAAUCUAUGAAACAGCAAUCUAGCACCAAACUCGAGGCCAAAAUAGAAACCAAGGAUUCAUUAAAAGACAAACCAAGCGAGACAAAGUUGAAGCAAAACAGGACUCGGAAAAUUGACCCAAAAUACAGCAACUCGAGUUUGAAGACAUCGGAGGAAAACUCGAAAUCGAAAAUCGUUAACCCGAAAGGCAAGAACGAGAAACCGGUGAUGAAAUCGGUUCAGGAGGAUCCGGUUAAGUUGAAGCCGAAGAACAAAACGAAGAAGAUCGGUCAAAGCAAAUCUACGAUUUUAAAGACCGCCUCGGCCGUUUUGGACGAUCAGGGAUUACGUUCGGUGGUGAAGAACGACUGUCUGGAUUUGGCGGACCUGAUCGAGGCCAGUUUAAAGAACAUGCACAGCCCUGGAAGCAUAUUCGAAGGCAGCUUCGAGAAGUCGAGACUUUCCGGCGGGGACGCGAAGUUGUUCGAGUUGAACGACAAGAUGGAUCAUCCUAGGGGACUCUUGAAGAGCAGCAAAGCGACUCUGGAUCGAUUGUCCGAGAAAUCGGAGCCCCUCACUGGGAAAUCGGUGGAUUCCGUCAACAAGAGCGACCUGUCGGGAAGAUCAGUGGCUAAACGUAAGACAGCGAAUGUUGGGAAGAAAGUUCCAAACAAAAAUGAGUACGACGACGCGAUGGAAUUUGACGAGUACUUUGAACGGUAUUAUCAUAAGAAUAUUGAGCCACAGAGGGAGAAUGAAGAUAAACGGGGUACUCGAAAAGCAAUGGAUAAAAUGAGCGUGUUACGUUCGUUGGGAGCGAAAAAUUCGUUUCGUAAGAUGGCGGGUGGAGCGAUUCCGGAGCUUAAUCGAUACGAAUUGAAAAAGGCGAUGGGCAGUUUUUAUAAGUAAAAUUUUGACGUAAAUAGUGUUUUUGUGGUACGUGUGUACGUUUGAGGAA